AUGACGUGUGCACUGUUCGAGGUCGGAACACGAAGUGAUGCGGUGAGGGAAGGCCCCGCGGCUUAUAAGCGCUCCCCGGCGGCGGCAGCCAGGUGGCAGCGGGAAGGCUCGCACGUGCGCCGGGUCCAAUCGCGCAGGGGCGGGGCGGGGCCGGGAAGAGAGGGGGGGCGGCACCUGCGCCUGCACACCGCACCCGGCUCGCCGCACCCGGCAACGUCGUGCGAUAUGCUCAGCUUCAUCAACUUUCCGGUCGGAAUCGUCGCCAACGAUCUAAUUUUUUGCGCAACUUGGGGUUAA